AUGUUUGAGCAACCAAUUGUGGCCUUUGAGCCUGGAAAGGGCUUCGAUCUUGUCGGCGCAGACAUCUACAUCGAAAAAAAUGAGCCCGAGGGCGUCUUCAUUGCGGCGCGGAACCUCUCCAAGGACUUUGCCAAGGUCACCGGGAAUGGCGGCAACGCCGUGAUCACGGAGCGCCCCUCACCGACAAAGUCCAGGUCGGUCAUCAUUAUUGGGUCUGUGCCACAGUCUUCGACCAUUCGUAGCUUGCAGAAUCGUGGGGACAUCGACACAACUCCCAUUGAGGGCAAGUGGGAGUCUUGGAUGACCACCUGCGUCGCCAGUCCUUUCCAAGGGUUGUUCGACAAUGCUUUGGUCAUUGUGGGCAGCGACAAGCGAGGAACCAUAUUUGGCAUAUACUCUCUUUGCGAGCAGAUCGGGGUCUCACCGUGGCACUGGUGGGCCGAUGUGCCGCCAAAGAGGCAUGAUGGGAUCUGGGCGUUGCCCGUAUCAACCCACAACGGCGAGCCAAGCGUCAAAUAUCGCGGCAUCUUCAUUAACGAUGAAUCGCCCGGUAUGGACUCGUGGGUGCAUGAGAAGUUCGGACCCAAGUUCGACGCCAGGUUGUACCACUACAUCUUCGAACUCUUGCUCCGACUCAAAGCCAACUUCAUGUGGCCGGCCAUGUGGCGAGGAUAUCCCUAUCCGGGCCGCUCGUUCUUCGUUGACGACCCCAAAAAUCAAGCCCUCGCCGACACGUACGGAAUCGUCAUGGGGACAUCUCACCAUGAGCCGAUGCAGAGAGCGAUGAACGAGUGGUCCACGACGCAGCCCGACGGGACGUGGGAUUGGGACACGAACCGAGCCAAGGUCACGCAGUACUUUGAAGAAGGUGCGGAGCGGGCAAGGCCCUACGAGUCGUACUUUACCCUCGGCAUGCGAGGCGAGGGCGACAAUCCCAUCAACGGCAGCGAUCCGCCGAGGAUCCUGCGCGAGGUGCUGGCGACUCAACGAGACAUAAUAAAGAAUAAUUACGGCCGCGAGGAUGGCGUCCUUCAGCUCAUGGCACUAUACAACGAGGUGCAGAAAUACUAUGACAAUGGACUGGAGAUUCCAGAGGAUGUCACGCUCUUGUUCUCAGACGACAACUUUGGUACGCUUCGCCGGCUGCCAAAUGAGGACGAACUCAAGAGGUCUGGUGGUUCUGGGUUCUACUACCACUUCCAGUACACUGGGUAUCCGCGGUGCUACCGGUGGAUGAACAGCAACACCCUGGGCAAGGCGUGGCAUCAACUCCAACUUGCCUACGAGCGAGGCGCCAAUCGCAUUUGGGUAAUCAACGUUGGUGACCUCAAGCCGAUCGAGGUGCCGAUGAGCUUCGCCUUCGACUUGGCCUGGAAUGUCAAGUCCAUACGCGCGGAUGCCUUCACCACCUACUACAAGGGGCUUGCCACGCGCGAGUUCGGAGAUGAGCACUCUGGUAGAAUCGCCAAGGCGUGGAACGACUUCGAUCGGCUCGUUGCAUUGCGCAAACAGGACCACAUCGACGUGGACACCUUUGUCUUGCUCAAGUACAAUGAAGCGGACAACAUUGUUGCGCGAUGGAAGAAGCUGUACAAAGAUGCGAAGUCCAUCAAUGUCGAGCUCGACGAACAGUACAAGUCGGCGUUUUUCCAGCUCGUGCUGCAGCCCAUUAAGGCGUCGUAUAUAUGUACACUGUUGCGCGUCACUCAGUACCGAAACCAGCUAUUUGCAAAGCAGCGGCGAAACACGACCAAUGUGCUCUUUUUCCGAAGCCUCAAGCUGCUUGACAAGGAUCACGAGCUGACCCAAGAGUACCACCGCAUCAACAAUGGGAAAUGGAACCACUACCUGCGGCAGCCGCACUACGGGUAUGGACCGACCGGCGCCCAGCCAUCGAGGAACAUGAUUGAAGGUUUGUGUUACGUCCAGACCAAGGAGGAUUCGAACCCUAGCAUUGGCCACAUGGGCAUCGCAGUAGAGGGCAACGAGGGUAUCAACCCGGGGCACAUCAAUGAGGACUCGGAUCGGACGCAUCCAUCGCGUAAAUGGCUCGAGCCAGGUGUCACGCUACCCUUUGCCACGCCCUAUGGCCCUCAAUCGCGGUACUUUGAGGUCUUUCACCGCGGCACGAAAGCCUUCUCGUGGAUUGCGAAGCCGCAGUAUGACUGGAUCACUUUGUCUCAGUACCAAGGGCACCUCAGCCCACAGGACAACGACACCAGAGUCACCAUCCUUAUUGACUGGCCCAGGGUACCGCCUGCCUUUGACGAGAGCGUUUACAUCGAAAUUAUUGGCACACGGGACGGCUACGAGAAAGUGCAUAUGGUGGUCCGAAACUACUACGCUCCUGACGAGUUCACCGGCUUCGUCGAGACGAGCGGACAUCUCGCCAUCGAUGCCGGCAACUGGGCCACGGCGCCGUAUAUUUCCCUUCCGGCGCUUGGUCGCCCGCUCGCCGGGUCCGUCACGCUGCCCAACGACACCGACUUCAGCAAGGCCGACGAGCUGCCGUUCCUGCGGUACCCCGUCUGGGUCUUUUCGGGCCGCGACAACGCCAACCUCGAGCUGCAAUUCAACAUGACGCUCGAGACCAACCCGCGCGAGCGCAUGGAGUACGACCUCCGCUGGGACGGGGGUGAGGUGCAGCGGCACCGCCUCACCGAAGACGACCCAGGCAACGACAAGGAGCUGCCGCGCGGCUGGAACGUGGCCGUCAUGGACUGCGUGUGGCGCAAGAACCACAAUCUGCGCGGCGUGGGCGUGGGCGCUCACACGCUCGAGAUACGGUUCCGCAAGCCAAACAUGAUCCUAGAGAAGCUCAUGAUGGACUUGGGGGAUCUGAGGUACACGUACCUGGGUCCUCCCGAGAGCGACUACGUGCGAGGCACGAACGGAAAUGUCGUGGAGGUGGGGAUUGAGGACAGCUUGGAUUUGAAGUUGGACCUGUGA